UUUUUUCUAUAUAAAACGGAAGAAAAGCCUGAUUUCCGAUUAGCCUCUUUCUCUCGUCCUCGUCCUCCCACUAUUUUCCUCUCCGCGAUUUCCAGGGAUUGGAUUUGUGGAUUUUCCCUAGCUCUCUCCGCUCUCCGUCCGACGCACUCUCUCUCUCUGCGAUUUGGGUUUCCCGUCGUUUCGAAUUCUUUGGGAAGAAUUGUAGUGGGACGGUAGCGAAACUUUUGUUUCAAACAAAUGGAGCGCAAAGUUAUUGAGUUGGAUCAAGGAUGGGACUAUAUGCAGAAGGGGAUCACGAAGCUGAAGAAGAUCCUAGAGGGGUUACCGGAGCCUCAGUUCAACUCAGAAGAAUAUAUGAUGCUUACACAACCAUCUAUAACAUGUGUACUCAGAAGCCCCCCAAUGAUUACUCUCAGCAGCUAUAUGACAAAUAUCGGGAGGCAUUUGAGGAAUACAUUACUUCAACGGUGCUGCCUGCUCUUAGAGAGAAGCAUGAUGAGUUUAUGCUGCGGGAGCUUGUUAAAAGAUGGGCAAACCAUAAACUGAUGGUUAGGUGGCUAUCACGCUUCUUUCAUUACCUUGAUCGUUACUUCAUUGCAAGAAGGUCACUUCCUGCACUCAAGGAAGUUGGACUAACCUGCUUUCGUGAUUUGGUUUAUCGGGAGGUCAAUGCUAAUGCCAGAAUUGCUGUUAUUGGUCUUAUUGAUAAAGAACGUGAGGGAGAGCAGAUUGAUAGAGCACUAUUGAAGAAUGUGGUAGAUAUAUUUGUUGAAAUUGGAAUGGGUCAAAUGGAGUCUUAUGAAGAGGACUUUGAAGCACACUUUCUACUAGAUAGUGGUGAAUACUAUUCUCGUAAAGCAGCAAAUUGGAUUUUGACAGAUUCUUGUCCGGAGUACAUGUUGAAGGCAGAGGAAUGCUUGAAAAGGGAGAAGGAGAGAGUUAAUAACUACCUUCAUUCAAGCAGUGAACAAAAGCUUGUGGAGAAAGUGCAACAUGAGUUGUUGGUGGUUUAUGCAACUCAACUGCUUGAGAAGGAGGGUUCUGGAUGUCGUGCUUUACUGAGAUUGGAUAAGGCUGACGGUCUUUCUAGGAUAUUUAGACUUUACAACAAAAUACCUAAAGGCUUGGACCCUGUUAGUCUUGUAUUUAAACAGCAUAUUACUGCCGAAGGUACAGCCUUGGUUCAACAGGCUGAAGAUGCUGCAGCUAACCAGGCUUCAGGUGGAGCUGGCACACAGGAACAGGCUCUUAUCAAAAACAUAAUUGAGCUGCAUGACAAGUAUAUGAAAUAUGUUGAUGAAAGCUUUCAGAACCACACACUCUUUCACAAGGCUUUGAAAGAGGCUUUUGAGGUAUUUUGCAAUAAAUCCGUUUCUGGGAGUUCAAGUGCUGAAUUACUUGCUGGAUUCUGUGAUAAUAUCCUCAAGAAGGGUGGCAGUGAUAAGUUGAGUGAUGAGGCCAUAGAAGAAAUGCUUGAGAAGGUUGUUAAGCUGCUUGCUUAUAUCAGUGACAAAGACCUUUAUGCAGAAUUCUACAGGAAAAAACUAGCCCGUCGGUUACUUUUUGAUCGGAGUGCCAAUGAGGACCACGAAAGAAGUAUUCUGACAAAGCUGAAGCAGCAAUGUGGUGGACAGUUUACGUCAAAAAUGGAGGGAAUGGUCACAGAUUUGACAAUAGCUCGAGACAACCAGAAAGGGUUUGAGGAAUAUCUUCAAAGUAACCCUGCUGUAAAUCCUGGGAUGGACUUGACAGUCACUGUACUUACAACUGGCUACUGGCCAAGUUAUAAAUCGUUUGAUCUUAACCUUCCUGAAGAGAUGGUUAGGUGUGUUGAAGUUUUCAAGUCAUUCUAUGAAACAAAAACGAAACACCGGAAACUUACAUGGAUUUACUCAUUGGGCACGUGCAAUGUUACUGGCAAGUUUGACACCAGACCGAUUGAAUUGGUCGUGUCAACCUAUCAGGCUGCUCUCUUGCUCCUCUUCAACAGUGCUGAUAAAUUGAGCUAUUCAGAAAUACUGACUCAGUUGAACCUUACUCACGACGACUUGGUUAGAUUGCUUCAUUCGCUCUCGUGUGCCAAGUACAAGAUUCUCACCAAGCAGCCAAUUACAAAGACCAUCUCAACGAAUGACAGCUUUGAAUUCAACAAGAAGUUCACAGAUAAAAUGAGAAGAAUUAAGAUUCCUCUCCCACCAGUGGACGAAAGGAAGAAGGUGAUUGAAGAUGUUGACAAAGACCGGAGAUAUGCUAUUGAUGCUGCUAUUGUUAGGAUCAUGAAGAGUCGAAAAGUUUUGGGUCAUCAACAAUUAGUCAUGGAGUGCGUUGAGCAGCUGGGAAAAAUGUUCAAGCCGGACAUAAAAGCGAUUAAGAAGCGGAUUGAAGAUCUCAUCACUCGGGACUACCUGGAGAGGGACAAGGAAAACCCCAACAUGUUCAAGUAUCUUGCCUGAUUCGGUUGCGUGGGUAUAUACUAGGGACUAGUUGAAAACCCUAAUCAGAAAGCUCGAACCAUAGUUUCUUCUUCUUCUUCUUCUUCGGACUUGAGAGCCGAGAGAUCUGCUGUAAAUUGUGUGCAGCUCUUUUAGAAAUGCUAGGAUUUUGGAAGGAGUGGAAGAUUUUUGUGCAAUCCGGUCUUAACGCCAUUUUUGUGCAAUUGACCCAUAUCCCUGUUAUUAUUACUACUAUUUAUUAAUGGCAAAUAUUAUUAAGAUUUUUGUGUU